AUGGGUAAAGAAGAAAAGGAAUUUGGUGGUACAACAGGAGCUAUUGGUUUAAUCUUAUUUUCUCAUUUUGUACCAUUUUAUUUUACUUUAUCACUUCGAUAUAGUUCAGGUGGUCUCUAUUGUCCAUCAUCAUUCGAUGAACUGAUUCAAAAUUUUAAAGAAACAUGUUCACCAACAUGGUCAGCAUUCUUUAUUUAUACUGGAUUUUGUCUUUUACAACUUAUUUUUGCUGCUAUUCUACCUGGAUUAAGAAUCAAAGGUUUACCUGUACCGACAGAAAAUAAUCGACAAUAUGAGUAUAAUUGUAAUGCAUUAGCUAGUUGGUAUGUUACAUUAAUACUUCUUGCUGUACUUCAUUUCACUGGUAUAUUUCGAUUAACGAUACUAGCCGAUCAAUUUGGUUCAGUACUGUGUGUUGCUGUCAUAUGUAGUGAUAUUCUAUCAUUCAUUAUACAUUUCUAUGCUAUACAAAGCAAAAAAACAUGUCGAAUGACACAUUCACCUAUUUAUGAUUUUUUUAUGGGAGUUUGGUUAAAUCCACGUAUUCGAAUUUUAGGACAAGAUGUUGAUCUGAAAAUGUUAGCUGAAGUACGUUUAUCAUGGCUUUUAUUAUUUCUUUUGAUUGUUUCUGCCGCAUUAAAACAAUAUGAAGCAUUUCAUACUGUUACAUGGCCAAUGAUAUUUAUUUUAACAGCUCAAUUACUCUAUAUAAAUGCUUGUAUGAAAGGUGAAGAAUGUAUACCAACUACUUGGGAUAUAUUUUAUGAGAAAUGGGGUUGGAUGUUAAUCUAUUGGAAUUUAGCUGGUGUACCAUUUGUUUAUGCAUUUCAAGCUAAUUAUAUUCUUGUUAAUUCCUUGCGAACACAAAACCCAACAGAAGGUAUAUCGAUGACAUUAAUUAUGGUAUUAUUUGUUAUACUUGUUCUUGCUUAUUACAUAUGGGAUUCAUCUCAAGCACAAAAAAAUCGUUUCCGUAUGCAACAACGUGGAACAUAUGUACCACGCAGUGCAUUUCCACAAGUUCCAUGGAAUACAUUAAAAAAUCCGAAAUAUUUAAAAACAGAAUGUGGUUCAACAUUAUUAAUCGAUGGUUGGUGGAAAUACUGCCGUAAACCACAUUAUACAGCUGAUAUUUGUAUGGCAACAUGUUGGGCAUUGUCAUGUCAUCAAUGGCCAGGUGUUUUACCUUACUUUUAUCCAGCAUUCUUCUUUGGUAUGAUUGUUCAUCGUUAUACACGUGAUGUAGCUCGAUGUAAAGCAAAAUAUAGUAAAGAUUGGAAAACUUAUUGUGAUCGAGUACCAUAUGCAUUUAUUCCUGGUAUUAUUUAA